AUGAAGCCUAGAGAAUACUGUUGUUGCGCAAUUCCAUUGGUUAAUGCCGGAAUAUAUUCUACCCUCGUCGUCCAAUCCGCUACGGGAAUUCUUGUUGGGGUCCUCGCUGUAGGGACACCCUCCAUCGUAGGAGCUUCUACGCCUUCCUUCGCUUCCUGGCUUCUGGGCAUCAUUUGUUUUGUCGCAGCAGCCGUUCAGUUCCUCGGCUUUAUUGGCGUUUCGAGAGAAAAGCCCGUGUUAUAUCGACGCUACGUUACCCUGCAUGGUCUCGUUGUCAGUGCUGCGUUCUCCAUUGCAGUUGCUUGGAUUAUCAUGUCAGCAACCCGACAUUCGACGGCACAGGACAAAUGUAUUCAGGACUUUCUCUCGGACACCACAGGAUCAGGCAGUGCGACCACAUUGUGCAAUAUAUUUCCCUGGGUUGAUGUCGGAAUAAUGGGUGCACUCUGGGUUAUACUCGCAAUCCUACAUCUAUAUCUGUAUGUUGUCCUAUCGUCAUACGGUACUUCUCAGCGACGAGAUCACGAAAAGUUCAAUCAAAACUACGACUCGAUCCAGCCACUCACGACCGAAAAUAUCCCUCUUGCCAAUCGUGCUGAUCCAUGGGACACGCGACUGUCGGGUGAAUCCAUAAAUGGUACAGACGAAGGUAACGGUCGCAAGUAUAAGCAUGUCCGACAACAGAGCUCCGUCAGUGCCUCGGAUGUUCUCAGCGAACCAUACCAGCAGCCAAAAGAUACAAUGUCAAACCCAGACUACGGUUAUCAAACGCCCUACCCCCAUUACACAGACGACCAAAAUCAAUUACCCUACCCGUCUUACGUCUAUACCCAGGAUCCCACUCCAACGCCCAUAAAUGCUUAUAACAACUAUGAUGCGCCCACAUCUUCAAGCUUGAACAAACCAAGUCAGGCACAGGCUCAUCCUGGUGAGUCUUGA